AUCCUCCUCCGCUCCGACGUCAGGCUGGGAGCGGGAGGCAGCGCCCAGCGCCGCCGUUGCCAGAGGCUCGGCGGCCGCCGGACGGGGCGGACGUCGGGGCGGCGACUCCCGGAGCGGCGGGGGGUGGGGAGGAGGCGCUAUGGCCGACGUGUUCCCGGGCUCCGAGCCCGGCGCCGACCCGGAGGCGGCGCGGCGCUUCGCUCGCAAGGGCGCCCUGAGGCAGAAGAACGUGCACGAGGUGAAGGAGCACAAAUUCAUCGCGCGCUUCUUCAAGCAGCCCACCUUCUGCAGCCACUGCACCGACUUCAUCUGGGGAUUUGGGAAGCAAGGAUUCCAGUGCCAAGUUUGCUGUUUUGUGGUUCACAAGAGGUGCCAUGAGUUCGUCACCUUCUCCUGUCCUGGGGCUGACAAGGGGCCCGACACUGAUGAUCCCAGAAGCAAGCACAAGUUCAAGAUCCACACCUAUGGGAGCCCCACCUUCUGUGACCAUUGUGGGUCCCUGCUCUACGGGCUCCUGCACCAGGGGAUGAAAUGUGACACCUGUGACAUGAACGUUCACAAGCAGUGUGUGAUAAAUGUCCCAAGCCUCUGUGGCAUGGACCACACAGAGAAGAGAGGAAGGAUUUAUCUGAAGGCUGAAGUCACUGGUGACAAACUGGAAGUUACAGUGAGAGAAGCAAAAAACCUCAUUCCCAUGGAUCCAAAUGGACUUUCAGAUCCUUAUGUCAAACUGAAGCUCAUCCCAGAUCCUAAGAAUGAAAGUAAACAAAAAACAAAAACCAUCCGUUCUACCCUGAACCCGGACUGGAAUGAGUCAUUCACAUUUAAAUUAAAACCUACAGACAAAGAUCGCCGGUUAUCCGUAGAGGUCUGGGACUGGGACCGAACCACCAGGAAUGAUUUCAUGGGGUCGCUCUCUUUUGGGGUGUCAGAGCUUAUGAAAAUGCCAGCCAGUGGAUGGUACAAGCUGCUGAAUCAAGAAGAGGGUGAAUACUACAACGUUCCAAUUCCAGAUGCUGAUGAAGAUGGAAAUGCAGAGCUCCGACAGAAGUUUGAGGGUAAAAGAACUGGCCGAGAUAAGAAAGCCAAACUUGGGCCAGCUGGUAACAAAGUCAUUACUUCAACAGAAGACAAGAACUCAAGUGUGCCAUCCAACAAUCUGGACAGGGUGAAGCUGACAGAUUUCAACUUCCUCAUGGUUCUUGGAAAGGGGAGCUUUGGGAAGGUGAUGCUGGCAGACAGGAAGGGCACAGAGGAGCUGUAUGCAAUCAAAAUCCUGAAAAAAGACGUGGUGAUCCAGGAUGAUGAUGUGGAGUGCACCAUGGUUGAGAAACGAGUCCUGGCGCUGCAAGAUAAGCCCCCGUUCCUGACACAGCUCCACUCUUGUUUCCAGACAGUUGACCGGCUGUAUUUUGUGAUGGAGUAUGUCAAUGGUGGGGAUCUCAUGUAUCACAUCCAGCAAGUAGGAAAAUUUAAGGAGCCACAAGCAGUGUUCUAUGCAGCUGAGAUUUCAAUUGGGUUAUUCUUUCUCCAUAACAGAGGGAUUAUUUAUAGAGAUCUGAAAUUAGAUAAUGUGAUGUUGGAUUCAGAAGGACACAUUAAAAUUGCUGAUUUUGGAAUGUGCAAGGAGCACAUGUUAGAUGGAGUAACAACCAGGACCUUCUGUGGCACUCCAGACUACAUUGCACCAGAGAUUAUUGCUUACCAGCCCUAUGGGAAGUCUGUGGAUUGGUGGGCAUAUGGUGUGCUGCUCUAUGAGAUGUUGGCUGGCCAGCCUCCAUUUGAUGGGGAAGACGAAGAUGAACUAUUCCAGUCCAUAAUGGAGCAUAAUGUUUCCUACCCAAAAUCACUGUCCAAAGAAGCAGUCUCCAUCUGCAAGGGGCUGAUGACUAAACAUCCUGCAAAACGCCUUGGCUGUGGUCUGGAAGGUGAAAGAGACAUCAGGGAACACGCUUUCUUCAGGAGAAUUGACUGGGAAAAAUUGGAGAACAGAGAGAUUCAGCCACCUUUCAAACCUAAAGUGUGCGGCAAAGGGGCUGAAAACUUCGAUAAGUUCUUCACACGAGGACAGCCGGUGUUGACGCCUCCAGAUCAGCUGGUCAUUGCCAACAUAGACCAAACAGAUUUUGAAGGGUUCUCUUACGUCAACCCCCAGUUCUUGCACCCCCUUGUAGAAAAUGUAGCAUGAAACAGCAGAACAAAUCCCGCUGUGGGGAGCAGUUGUAACCCUACAAUUUUUAGGCUUUCGCCUCGUUGAUUCCAUUUGGGCCUGGAAAUUGUAGGGUUAGAGGGUGGAAGAUGAAGGAAGGGCCACUUAGUCAGGAUUUGGGCUUUGCAGCAGCAAUGUUGUCUUAACAGGAGAUAAAUUAGUGUACGGUGCCCACUUUUUCUUCUGGAAGUCGCCACUGACUUGUCAAAACUUACCCGUGUUUUGGUACGUUCUAUAUUUUGUAACUUCCCACUUGUCCUUUUGCUCCCUUUUCCACUCCGUUGUGUUGGAAAAUCAUCUGACACGUGGUCUGAAUGAGAAGCCACCUCGGGUGUCUGUUCCUUGAGGGUGGAUGUUGGGAGGUGGGAGCUCAUCCCUGUGCUCCUGGAGACCUCGGGGACAGCACCGGAGACUGAGCGGGGUCAGCUCCACGGGGAGAGACAUUGCAAAAACAUCACUGAAAGUGUCUGCAAAAUAUGGCAGGAAAACAAAAUAGUUGGGAAUGGGUGGGAGGGGGGAUGAAAUCAAAUUAGACCCCAAGGCUUGGUGAACCAAUCCUGUAAAAUCCCAAAUGAAAGUGCUAGGGUGGUGGCCACGUCUCUAGGAUUUGUGCUAGGAGUAGCCUGUGAUAAACUCGAGGGUGAAAUUUUGUCUUUCAUAAUAAUAAUAAUAAUAAUGAUGAUGAUAAUAGUAAUAAUUUUAAUAAUACUUUUGUGAAUUUUUAAUCUCCAUGAGAUUAUUCUGUGAUCCAGGGUGCCAUUGUCUGUUCAGUUGGUUUCAUUUACACCACUCCUUAAGUUUACUGUUAACUGGUUCUAAUACCAAUAUUUUACUAUGAAAUUUAUUAACCUGGAAUGUAAAACAAAACUGUAAUUCCUUAUAUCUUAUUUACAUGUGUUUAUUUAUAGUCUGCAGUGUAGGACAGUAAAUUGAAGAAAGCAUUAUGUGUACUAAAUUAACAAAAAAUGCAGCCCCAAGUGACUUCCUGAUUUCUCCAGAAUAACUCAUGAAAAUCAAGUGAGAUUUAGUCUUAAAUAAUCGGUUUUAAUUCAGAAAACUUUGGGCUGUAGAAUAAUCAAGCCUGAAAAAAGCAGCACCUAAAACUUGUUUUGUUGAUAGAAUGGAAUUUAAUACGUUUUACAUAUGCUUCAUGCAAUGAAUUUUGCAUGUUUAGUAAUAACUCUUAAUAAUAAGGGUUAAUAAUAAGCAGAUCUAUAUUAUUGACAUAAUCGUAUCAAGCAUAAAGAGUAUUAUAAAAAUUUUAUAAAACAACUUGUGCUUUAUUUGUGAAAGUUCUUGUUCUGAAUGACACCAUUUAGAUUUAGCCAAAUGUUUUCUUGCUAUUGUUUAGAUUUUUACUUUAGGUUUUGAAUAUUGUUACUGGCUUAGGGUAUAAUCUCUUUUUUUUAAAGUAGAUAUACUUUUAAAUAAUAAUUGCUACCUGCAGGUUUUAUACAAGGUUCAAUUAGGCUUUCAUUUCACAUCUGCUUAUUACUUGCAGAGAAGGAAAUAGACUUUAUUUAAAAUGAUGAACACUGUAAUUAAUGCAAUCUUCUCCUCUCUUAUCACUUAGACAAAAAAUUUUGAUAUUUCCUCUUAUUACUUACCAGAAGAUAUUAACUCAAAUAUCAGUAAAUAAUGUUUUGUGCAUAUUUUGGUUUUGUUACAGCAUGUAAAAUAGUAGUUGGUGCUUUUCCCUUUUUUUCCCCUCUCCUGCCUUGAUCCCAUUAGCAGCCACAGGCACUUUUUGUCUGUCAGAUGUGCAUGAUGAUGCCAGAAGCAUGAUGUCUCUGUUGCUGCAUGCAGACUGAUUACAAUUUUUCCAGCAUGUAAACAUAUUCGAAAAGUAAGAUAUUUGCCAUUAAAUACUUCAAUUUAUACUAGAAUAUGUAAUGGGGUGGGGUGGGAGGGGAGGGAAACCUACUUUCUAAUCAUCUUUUAUGACAAUAAAACGUGGAACCUGUGCCAAAGAUUCUGUCAGAAAGAUCCAGUCCUGCCAGGUGGGAGCCAGAGGGGUGGGGGUGACCGGGGGUGACCGGGGGGAGCUGGGCAGUUGUUGAGGGAGACGUGGUUGGAUGUGGAGGGUGACAGUGUUGAGCUUCUGCACCUGCAGGGCCCUUGGGAAACGUGGCUUUGGGGCCAGGAUGUGCCAUUUCCACACUCCAGAACUCCAGUUGUUGCCCUCAGUCCUUUUGUACCCGCAGCUCCCACGAGGAGCAUCUUGGAGUGAUCCACCCCUGACAUUCCAAGGUGUGGCUCACGAGGGGCGUGGGCAGCUGACAGGAACUCAGAUCAUUGCCUAAACAAACAGGACUCCAAACUUCUCAAACAUUCUAGGAGUAAGAUUUUUAAACUGUUCUGUGUCAAGUAUGUUGUCAUCCAAACUGGGAGUUCAUUUUCUCCUUUGUGUAUUUUGUACUUCCAAAACGAUGGUAUUCACCAUAAAGCAUGUGGCCUAAUGCAGCAUUCAUGACUUCUUUUCUUUUUUUCUUGUGAAUAUUAUUAGCCUGGCAAUGUUUAGUAAAAUGCUGUAGAAGACAAUAGAUUGAAUUAAGAUUACAGAUUACUGAGUCUCAGAUUUUAAUAAAGGGGCUCUUAGCUAUGCCAGUCUGCCAAGAGGUGCCAUUGUGUUUGUUUUUUAAAAUGUGAAGUGAAAAAGACACUUUGGAAAAAGGAAAAUACAGGGAGAAAUACCAGCAUACAGGUUUGGGGAGUAAGCAGAGCAGAACAGGGCCAGAAUUGGGCCAAGCCAGAAACCAGGCAGGAGCUCCCUUGUUGCCACAGUUCUAUUUUCCUGAUGAAAUCUGAAUUUUCCAAGGAAGUCCCAUUGCUGGCACAGCUGUGACAUCAGUGCUGUUCACACCAGGACACGGUGUCACAGGGCUGCUCUGACACUGGGACAGGGCUGCUCAUUUUCUGGCUGCUUCUCAUACCCACUUUAUUCAGCCCUUGUGUUUGUCUCCCAGUUUUUCUGACGUAGAAGCAGAAAUUCCUCUUUUACGUCGUUACCUCAGGUCCCCAGGCUUGUGACAGACGUUGCUGUCUUCUGGAGGUUCCCAAAACACUUAGGAAAAGGUACUGUGAACUCAUGGGUCCUGCAGGAGCAAGGCAGGGCUGGAUAAAGCAGGGAUUCGUUGUGUUACCCCUCACUGCUCUUCUGGAUGCCCUCAGAUGCUCUGACCUUUCCCGAGAACCCCCGCUGGCUGCUCAGAAUCCAGAAACUUAUCGUGCAAGGAAAACCUGAAGAAUCCAGCCAGAACUUUCGUAUCUUUUUAGAGACAGAUGUUAUUUAUAUAAUAUUUUUCACAAGAUUUGGUUUUCUAGAGAACAUGUAUCAACAGAAGGAGAGGCAUUAGAGCUGCUUCUCUUUCACUUCUUUGAUAGCAAGUGUAAUCCCAACACCCACGUUGCCACCAAGAUUCCCAAAAGGCAAAUUGAAAAUUGUACUGCACUGAAGCUGGGGUGGAAGUUUUGGGAGCUGUGUUUCCAUCCCUGUGCUGGAGUCCCAGAUGGUUCCAGGGCAGCCCCAUUCCUGCCAGGAGGGGCACAGGUUUGCCAUGUAAAACUUCCAAGGGGUUUUCAGGGAUCAAAUGGGACUUAACUGGCUCCUAGGCAAAUUCUGACAUUAUUCAGGCAUCUGGAUGCUUUUGUACACCUUUGAGUGACCAGAGCAGGGUGGUGUGAUUCCAGGACAGCCACUUCACCCACUGGCCAGGCUCAGUGCUCUGAGCAGGGUUGGCACAUAUGUGAGAAGGAGAGAACACAUUCCUAUGAUAAAAUAGUCCUUCAAAAUCCAGUUUUGAGGAGAAAUUAAAUUUAGCUUUCUGAUUCUUCAUUCUUUCCAGAAAUACAAUUGAAUUUCCUUUUACAAACUGAAGAAAGUUCUUCUGGAAAUCAGCUGUUAGUUUAAAAAAAAACCUCAUAACGUCUGAAUGCUGCUGGCCUUUGAAAUCCAUCCUGUCUUUUUGGGGUGAAUCCAAUUCAGUGGUGCUGGGCUUCUAUAAAAUUAAUAAGGUCGAGCAAGAGAGGAACUUGUCUUCUAGCUGGAAAGAUGACACAUCCAAGUGUGGAGUGGUACCAGUUGAAAAGUGUUUUCUGAGCCAGUGCCUCUGGAUGCAAUCCCAGUUAAAUGCCAUAGGAGACACAUGCAGUGAGCAGGGGGGGCAGAUCCUCCUUAUUGUGCAAAGCAUAGCAUCGGAAAUAAUUAAUAAUAAUAAUAAUAAUCCAAUAAUAAAGCUUUGAUACAAGUAGAAAGCAUAUGUACAGUAUAUCAAGUUUACAGUAGGCUUUUGGACCUGCCAGGAAACUUCUGGAAAUAUUUAAUGUGAUUUUCAGUUCUUUUAGUCAUUAGCAUAAGUUAUUGUACAUAGGGGUUUUGUCUCUUUGCAAACGUGAGUGUGGGCUGUGUUUGAUGUGUCCCCUCUCUAGGUGGGCACUGAGCUGCCAAGUAGUCAAAAAGUAGAAAAGCUAAAAAGCACUUUUUUCCCUCAGCCCCUCACUCACAGACAGGAUCUGAAAUAGCUGAGUCGCAGAAAUAAGUAAGAUUUGACUCCAUGAACAUGCAUCUCACUGUGCCAGUAACAAUUGGGAAUUAAAUAGCCUUAUCAUGAAUAAUGAUCAUGCACUACAGCCCUCUUGUUCCCAGGAACUCCUUGAGAGGGAGAGGCCUCUUGUCAACCUCUGCCUCACCUCACCUGUGGAAUGGGGCAGUAACACUGACUGACCCCAAGGGAGGGGUGAGGACUUCUUAGGCAAUGUUUCUAAUUCACUUUUAACCUGAAAAGAGUUGUGUAAGUAUUAUUAUAAUUUUUACUAUCAAAUCAGCUUCUUGGAUUCACAUGGUACUGCUGGCUAUACCAUGCUGUUUCUACUUUUUUAUAGAACUUUAGUAACUCUGCUGAAACCGUUUGAAGAGAAAUAAAAUCAGAUCUGACACGUUUCUUACAGAAUCUGGAGUCCAGCUUUUGUACCUGGAGUCAGGGUGUGAUGGGGGGUGAUGCUUGCUGAUUGUGUGGGUCAGCUGCACUUACCUCUUCUUCCUGCUACUGAGAUUUUUACGUGCAAUUUAAAAAUUCCAUGUGGAUGGAAGUCUUAGCAGACCUGACAAUUGGAGGGGGAGAUUCCCUUUGGGUAAAUAAAGUCAGCACAGCUGUUUUCUAGCACCGUUUUUACUGUCUCCUGCUGAAGGAGGAGCUCUGUUCUUUGUGCAGCUGGUUUGUCCAUGACAGGUCAAUAUUUUUUGUUGAUAUUUUAAUGUAUUUCUGUGUUGUAAAUGUGUCUUUGUGCUUCUUUUUUUUUCCUUGUCUGUGACACUGUAGUUCAAAUUUAAAAGAAAACUGCUCCAGAAGCUGGUUUUUCCUUCCACUGGUGUCAGUUGACCUAAAUAAAUAAAUUAAGUCUGUUAAUGAUUUGAAACAGUGCAGGAUGAGUAGCAACAACAUUGACACAGCUGCCAUUGAAGCUCAUUUCUCACUGGUUACAUUGGACACUCUGCAGCUGAUGUUUCAUUAGUUUUAUAAUUAAUAAUGACAGGAACGUUUUAAUGGAAAGGAAAGUGAUGUUCAUGAUCUUUACAAACAUUUUCCUGAGAACUAUUUGGAUUUCUUUUCCUUCUCUCUGAACCCCUUGGGGUGGCCCUGCCAAGGGCUCUGUCCUUCCAGAGCUUCACACACUCCUGGCUUAAAAAUCUUAAAAUUAACAAACCAAAACCACUGCAGCUUCCAAGGCACCCAGGGAACCACAGAGCUCCCUGGGUGCUGAGUGCUCGGCCAGAAGUCCCAAUUCACUGAAAAUAUUAAUUAGAUUGUGUGUUUGUACCCACUGUUGGCCUUGCAGUAUAAAAACAAUGCUCUUGCAGGGGUAAUAAAAAUUUAAUCUAUGGCUCGUUCCCCAAACCUUUAAUUUGUUCUCUCCUGUGUUAUCAAAAUGUAUG